AUGUCAUCCCUGAAGCAGCAGCUAAAGCAGAUCGGUACACUUGAUCUACGUAAUGUGACCGAGACAUCAAGAAAGACAAGGCCUUCCUUCUUGUUUACACCUCGUGAAGCAGCUGAUCAGGAUCUGGAAACAAUAUAUUCCAUUGCUUACAAUGGUAUUAUGGAAUUAGUCAUUCUCGACGACAAGUUUGCUCCCUUUGAGAAGACUCUCUUUUCUGAAAAAAUGAAAUCUGUUGAUAGACUUCUUCAAACAAGAGAAGAAAAUGACAAGCUUGAUGCAAGCAUCAAUGCCUUUUUAUGUCAACUUUCACCUUAUUUCCUCUUGAAACCUUCUGGGAAAGUAUUAGAAUAUCUUAUUCGUCGCUUCCGUGUCGAGGAUUUCAAUGUUGAAUCAGUUCUCAAGUGUAUUUUGCCUUAUCAUGAAACAAAAUCAUUUGUCAAGAUGAUAUCUAUCUUGAAUAUUCCUGCAAAAUCACCAUGGGAAUUUUUGUUGCCCAUCAAGAAAAGCUUACUUCCUUUGGAGCGCUCUAUUUUGGUAAAGAAGAUGAUCAAGAAUAGAUACAUCUUUGACUUUAUUUGCAAUAUGGUCACGAAAGCUCUAGUUCCCUUCUCGACCUUGUAUUCAUUCUACACAGCCAUCAUGACAGAAUUCAUCAAGCAGAUUCCAGCUACAAGUGUUGAUGCUGUCACUGCUCUCACUCCUCAUGUCAUUGACGGUCUUCAUGCAAAGCAUCAGCCAGAAUUACAGAUUGCAAGUUACAUGAUUCUUUCUCAGCUAUCUUCAAAAACUACUUUCAGCACUGAAGGUUCUUGUGCUCUUGCUGAAGCUAUGGUGAAGAAUUAUAAAAAGAGCUGCUACACCUAUUGUUUAUUGACCCUUGUGCAUAUCUGUCAAACACAAGAGGCAUUCGUGUCUAUCUCACAAAAGGCAGCUAAGCAUAUCAUUGGAAGCUCCAGAUUUGACAAUGCUAUCCUACAAAUUGCAGAUAAAUACGCCACCGAACGAUUCUUUGAAAUAUUUUUACCAGCCAUUUGUCAAUACGCCAAAAACUUGGAAAUCCUAGAUACUCUUGUUAUUAAAGGUUAUUUGUCUUCCAACAACAUCAAGUUUCUGUGUAAUAUCAUCAUGGAUGGACAUCUCUCGAUUGCUACCAAGGGUUCAGAACAAGAAAGAAGCAAAUAUAUUGCAAAGUUCCAACCUCUUUUGGCAAUGAUCUCUCAGAGAUAUAUUGAAGAGCUUGAUUCAGUUUUGGAUACUAGAUUGUCCAAGGCCAAAGACGAUGCUACACUUGCAGCCAAUCUUUAUGAAUUCACCUCUGCUGCUUUCAAGGGCACAAGACAUGAAGUCAUUCCUGAAGCCAACACGACGCUCUAUCUUUGCUUGAACAGCCCUUCACCGACAAAUCGCAUUUUGGCCAUCAAAAAACUUAUCUCCAUCAUUGACGAUUCCUCUAAUCCUUUAGCACAAAGCUCUGACAUGUUUGAAGAUGCAUUCUCUAGCUGCUUGGGUAACUUUGGUCCUCUUUUGAAGUUUGUUAUUGAAGAAGCACCUCAUCACCUCUUAAAUUAUGUUCCUGCCGACAAGAUUAUUUCUGCUUUAAACGACCUUUUAAAAGAACGCAACGCGACAAACACCAAAGACACCGUUGCUAUCAUCAAAUUUUUAUUGACGGAUUUUAUCAGCAAAUACCCUAAACAGGAUGGAAAAGUUGCUUGUAUCUUGAGCAGAUUCAUUUUUACCGCUUCUGCCAAGAAUCUCUCUGCUUUAUUAAAGCAAGUUAAAAGCGUUCAAUUGCAAGCUGAUCUCAUUGUGGCUACGAUGAUUGAGCAUUUCAAAUCCGCUUCGAAAUCUGAUAAUAUGUUUGAUGUACCAGUCAAGUUUAUUAAGCUUCAAGCAGAUGUGAUCAAACAAGAUCAAAACUCGGCUUAUUUAGAGUUCUGGGUUAGCUUGGUCAAAAGCUCUCUGAAGGCAGAUAGAAUCAUUGCUCUCUUGGUUCUUGGAUUAGCUGUUACGAUUGUAUCUGGUGAAAAACAGUAUGCUACAUACAGCCAAGUGUUGGAUGCUAUUUCAGCAUCGAUUGUGCAGAAACAACGCCACUUGUUCUAUACUACGCAGAUACCAAAUGAACUAUCUGCUGAGACGUCAAGUUUACCUUCCAAGGAAUUUAUUAAGCAACUGAAAAAUGUAGAUGACACCACAGCUUCAACUCUGAUGCAGCUCGCUCAAUUUGUGCUUAGAAACCUUGUCAGUUCUCUUAUUAGAUCCGAAGAGGACAUCGAUUGGACAAAUGCUCACAAUGAAUACGCACGUAUUGUUAAGAAAUUGUUCACCGUCUUCCUUGAAGGACCCACCGUGUCUUCAUUCGAAUCAAUGAUUACUUUACUUAUUGACAAGCAGCUCAAAAAUGAUGCUCUACGAUUCUUUACCGCCGUCUGGACUGAUUCCCGCCAUUCGACUGUCGUUCGAGCUCGCGCUCUCCAAGUAUUAGCAGGUUAUCUGCAGGUAUACAUUGAUGCUCCUAAGAAAUUGGAUUUCCAGCAUUUGGUUCCUGCUUUAUUCCCUAAUCUUGCUGACACAAAUACCUCUGUUCGCACACAAGCCUUGCGUUGUUUGGAGCAUAUCAGACUUGGCUAUAGAUCGCAGGGUCUGCCUUACGGUUCAAAAGUGUAUGACACUACACUAGAAGGCGAAUCAUCCCAAACCGUCAAACGCAACUCAGUCAAAGCCUCCAUUCUUCCUGCAGAUGCUAUAUAUAAUCAAGGCGCUGACAUUGCUUCGCUUACUUCUAACGAAGCUGCUCAUCUUGUUGAUUUCUUAUGGUACAGAAACGAUGAAAUAAGCAAAGACCCUACCUACAUCACUCGCGUGUUCAAAGAAUACCUUUCCCUUUGUGAAGCCUCCAACAAGACGUACAAGACGAGAAAGACACAUACACUUACUUUCCUUAUUCGACAUGUCAUUCAGGCUCCCUUGAUGCAACUUAAAAUAGAUAUGCUCAAAAUGUUGGAUACUAUCGAUAGUCCACUGAAACUUCAACUUCUUUAUCCCUUGUUGGAAAAGACACUUGAUCAACCACGUACAGCAGAAAGCACUGCUCUUGUGUCAUAUCUUAUCCGCACGUACUUACCAUGCAAUGCUCCAGAGCUUGGUGCUAGAAAUGACAAGACAUUACCUCUCUUCUUGCGCUUACUAGCAAACAAGGACAAAUUAGACGGUGAAGAUGAAGAAGGCUGGCAGGUAUCUACUCGCCGCUACGCUUUAGAACAAAUCACUCCCGAGUUUUUCGCUGCCAUGAGCAAUGAGGCCCGUGAAGUGAUCUUUUCUACUCUUAUUGAUAUUGCCACCAACGGUGUUCAAAAUGAUGUUCGUGCCUCCAAGAAUGUGUUGGCAAACAUUGAAGUUCCUGCCAAGAUGUUUGACGGUAUGCUCAUGGCUGCUGCUAGACAUCUCUUGGGCGCUCCUGUCACCGUGGGCGCGCAAUCUACCUCAAAGCGUGCUAGAACCAAACCUACAAAGGCUCCCGUCGUCGUGGAUCUUUAUGAGCUUGUCACUUUGCUUGAACUUAUUGAAUCCAAGACCAUUGCCGAAGAUGAAACUCUUGUGAAGUCAUUAUUUGAAGUUUUGACUGCCAUGGUCAAUGCAGAUCUCCGUGAUUCUCCUGUAUCUUUGGAAUAUAUUAACCAGUUACUCAUGGCUGCUCUCACUCACAUCAUUCAUCAUGCUGAAGAACGGGGCGUCAAGGUCGAGGAAUCAGCCCUUCGAGUGGACGUUGUUGUUCAAUGCAUCCGUAUCACCGGCAAUCCACAGACACAUAAUCAAGCACUGUUGCUGAUGGCCAAUAUUGCCUCCAUGUAUCCCGAAUGCGUCUUACACAACAUUAUGCCCCUCUUUACUUUUAUGGGCGCAAAUGUUUUACGACAAGAUGACAACUACAGUUUCCAAGUCAUUCAGCAAACCAUGGAAAAGAUUCUGCCACCACUUGUAGUCUCUAGCAGAAAGAGCAACAAUGACGAUGAAACCGCUCUUGUUUUGGAAGUUCGACCCAUUAUCAAGGUGUUUGUUGAUGCCUUGUUCCAUAUUCCUAAGCAUAGACGUCUUCGAUUGUUUACUAUCCUGAUACAUACCUUGGGUGAAGACGAGUUCUUGUUUGCCAUUAUCUCACUGCUCUUGGAGAAGUUUACAGAAAGACUUGCCAAGGGUGCCCGUAAUGAUGCUGAAUCGCUUACUGAAUUCAGUCUAAUUAUCUGCCAACAGUUUGCUCCCAAAACUCAGAUGAAGGCCAUCUUGUCUCUCCUAAACGGGUUACUCGCUCUUCCUAAUGAAAAGCCUGAGGAUGAUACAAUGGCAGAGGAUAACCAUUUGUUCAACCUGGCCGAACACAACAGCAAGCAGCUUCGUCAGUACAAGCUUGCUACUCUCAACUUUAUUGCACAGCUAUUGUCUUCCAAGGGUUAUUUGAACAAGAUCAUGGCUCAAACCAACGCUUCUGAAGACUUUGUCCAAUCGAUGCAGCCCUUCUAUCUGGACUGUAUUACAGCCAUUUUGAAGAUCGUUACUUACUUUACCGAGUACCGCGACGCAUAUACUGUAUCUGAAGGUGCCAAUCCCAGCGUAUCUAAAUUUUGGAGAGGUAUUCUCAAGGUAGUCUAUGACGUCUUGGAUAAAGUCAAUGCUCUUCUCUCUCUGGAUGUCUUUGUCAAUGUGAUCAAGGAAUUAUCUAAUCACGCUGACAGUGCUAUUCGUCGCAAGGCCUUGAACAUUUUCAAUGAAAAGAUCAAUUCAUUUGAAGGACAUGCACCCGAAGGCUAUGAAGAUACACUUGUUGGCAUGGUGGACACCUUUACCGAUAUUAUUCAAAAGGAAUCUACAAGUGUGGCAGGUGAAGAAGAUCGUGCUGUCAAUAAGCAAUCCGCCUUGCUCUGUAUUGCUUCUCUUGCAAAGAUCUUGGGAACUCUGUAUCCUGGUCAAUUCGCUUCUGCCAUUCCUGUCAUCAUUGGUCCCGACAGUCUUCAAUCUUCCAAUGCACAAUUGCAGAUCUCUAGUCUUGUAUGCUUAACUGUCAUUUGUCAAGAAGUUGGACCACGAGCUGUUCCUCAUCUGCCCAAGCUCAUGCCUAUUGUUAUCAACUUAUUGGACAUCACAGUCAAGGCCGAGAAUCCAAACAACCUUCUUCAGCUUAGUGUUGUGGGCGCACUUGAAACCGUUGUUCAAGUGUUGCCACACUUUAUUAGUCCCUAUAUUUCCAAAUUACUCAAUGGACUGCUUCAUCCUUCCAUCUAUACCUUUGACGUAGCACACACACAGAGAGCUGCGAUUGAAGCCAAGAGUAAGAACGUGUUGUCACUAUUGGCUACGAACGUACCACCUCGUAUCUUGUUGAAUCCUCUAUUUGGUUACUUUGGAACGGUUGUAAAGAACGGCAAGAAUGCUACUUUGACAUUAUGCACCAUGGUAUCUCAAGCGAUCCGUACCAUGUCUCGUGACGUGAUGACCUCGCAUUACAAGCAGUUAUUCAAGUUUUUCCUUGUUGCAUUUGACAUUCGACGAACGGCCGAAUUUUCUGAUGCUGAUGCUGAUGAAGUGGAAGGUUCUAUCAUCACUGCUUUCCUCGACCUUGUCAUGAAGCUGAACGAAACGUUAUUCAAGCCAUUGUUCCUCAAGGUCGUUGACUGGGCAACGAACGAGCUGUCAGAUGAUGACCAAACAUCAAAACGAGUCUUGUUCUUUUACAAGUUAACGGAUGCUCUUUUAGAGAAACUAAAGUCUAUCUUUACCCCUUACUUUGGCUACUUGAUUGACGAUGUUAUCAUGCGAUUGGAAAGUUACAAGAGCGAAGAACAAGAAGUGGAUGCUCUCUGGAAUUAUAUCAUGUCUGCGCUCAACAAGUCAUUCUUGUAUGACAACGAUAAUUUGUGGAGUGCUGCCAAGUUUGAAAAGAUUAUGGAUCCUGUUGUUGACCAACUGCUUGUUGUUACCAAGGGUACAAAUGCUGACUACUUGAGCCGCAUGAAAGCAUAUGUCGUUCCUUGUAUCGGUCAGAUGGCUGUCACAGUCUCUAAUGACUCACUAUGGAAACCUCUUAAUCACAAGGUUCUGUUAAAGACCAGAGAAGACGAUCCUGAAAUCAGAUUAGCUGCCUUAUUAUGUAUUCAAGAGUUUUACAACCGUCUUGGUGAAGAAUGGUUGCUCUUCUUGGCUGAAAGUAUAUCCUUCCUUGCUGAACUCAUGGAAGACGAUGACGUCCGUGUUGAAAAAUUGGUACAACAAACCAAUUCUAUCAUCGAAUCGCAUCUGGGUGAAAGCUUAGACAAAUUCUUCAACUAA